GGCCGAACUCCUCCACGCCAGCACUGGCUUGGGCGAACCUGGAUGGUCUGGAUGCUGCUGAGUUGGGUUCUCUGCUGUCCAUCGCCAACAAGACGGGUGACAAGAACUUGGCCACGCGGGUUCAGGCGCGCAUCAACAUCCUGGCAAAGCCUGCCCCCCCAGUCAACGAGAAGACCAUGGAACAGCGACUGGCAGAAUCGCGACGUGAAUGUGACAAGCUCCUUCAACGGCUCUCUCGAGAACUGGAUAAGCACGACAAGUGGAAGGCCCAGCUGCAGGAGCACGAGAACUACAUCGUGGGCCUUCGUGCAGAGUUGGAGAUCAUGGACACCCAGCACGCGGAGCUCGCCCGCAAGCUCGCGGCCACGGGCAAAGCUGCCACACCCGAACCUGGACCUGUGCCUGCGCGGAUCAAGCUGGAGGACCUCGUUUCUGGCAAGGUGGGCACCCUGGACUUCGAUCUGGGCCUCCUUUCAGACAUGCCUGAAGGAUUGGAGCUGGACGAGGAGGAUCGCCUACGGAUCGAAGAACGCACCACACAGUUGCGGGAGCUCCUUACCACGAAGGCUAAGGAUCUCUUCUCCUCAGCGCUGGACGAGGCCAAGCGCGUGGUCCAGGAGCAUGAAUCACAGAAGACGCGGCUACUGGCCAAACGUGACGGGGACCCCUUCGACGUGUACACCGAGUUCGAUGCCGUCUGGGACAGCGUUCAGUACGGCUUCGACAAGGGCGAGCCUGUCGGGCGCCACAGGCGCUACGGGUACUCAUAG